CACAAUUUCAGAAACCCUAAAGCAGAGCCAUUGUUGUGUAGUAGCAGCCGCGGAGCACUCUAAGCACGAUCAGUCUCAGAUCUAAUCUCCCUCGGAAGCCAUGUCGAUUUCAGAGAUUGCUUGCACCUACGCCGCUUUGAUCCUCCACGAUGAUGGCAUCCCCAUCACUUCAGAGAAGAUCGCUGCUUUGGUCAAAGCUGCCAAUGUCUCUGUGGAGUCAUACUGGCCUGGUUUGUUUGCCAAGCUCGCCGAGAAGAGAGACAUUGGUGACCUCAUCUUGAACGUUGGUGCUGGAGGUGGCGGCGGUGCUGUUGCCGUUGCCGCCCCAGGUGCUGGCGCUGGUGCUGCCCCUGCUGCAGCUGCUCCAGUUGAAGAGAAGAAGGAGGAGGCAAAGGAAGAGAGUGAUGAUGAUAUGGGUUUCAGCUUGUUCGAUUAGGAGCUCCCUUUCAGAAUUAUAAGCAGUGAUUUUGUGUUUCGGAACUUGUAGUACUUGUCAGACUAUUUUACAUUUGAUUUAUCUAGUAGGGUUUCUCCCUUUUGGUUUUGGAAUUGUGUAUCAGACUAUUUUACAUUUGAUUUAUCUAGUAGGGUUUCUCCCUUUUGGUUUUGGAAUUGUGUAUUUGUGAAGACAGAUUGUUCAGAGUCAUGGGUUUCUGAGCACUCAUCUUAAUUUUGAAUACUUCUGUUUUGAGCUU